GGGGUGAACCUGCCGUGGCAGCGAUGGGACGAGCACGGAGAAAUGACAGCUUGUGCAGGAAUUUCGGCUGAACUGCAUCCCAUCACAGACAGGGCUGCAACUGUCGGCUCGGUCGAACUAUGUGACAGCUGGCAUCUUUUCUCCCUUUCGAGGCAUUAUAGGCUGUUUUUAUUUAUUUUGUAAAAAUCUAAGAAUGGAUCCGGUGAAAUGGGUGAUAAAGUUGACCCGGCGGUGUCCUUUGGAUGUCGCGUGGAUGAAACUCGACUAGAUUGCAAUGCUUGUGGAAAGGCUACCUCUCCCUGUGGGACGGUGAAAUAAUUUGCAGCUGCAAAUAACGGGAGCGACUGUGAAGGAGAUAACGGAAUUACCUCUCGGACCGAAGAAACUGUGUGUGCCGCUGUUCACUCUGAAUUUCUCCAGGAUUUCACCCUGCUACAGACACUAGACACUUUCCAGUGCACUGUUUUAUAGGUAGACUUUUUUGCAUGUUAUUUUUGUCAGCCAAAAAUAGACCACAAUUCAUGCAAUUGCACUGCACGAGCCGUUAAUCCGCACAUGUAUAAAAUCGUUCAGUGUAACGCGCUUCCAUCGUUAAAUUACACUUUUUAUUGUGAGGAAUUGAGGCUAUUGCUGAUUAAAUGGACAUAAGGCUGCUCCACAUAAUAUGAGCGUCACCCCUGCGCUGCCAUUAGUCGUUUGUAACUGUCCGCGCGUGCACUGGCCAGCACAACAUUUUUGAUUAUGAUUCCUGUCACCAGCUGGACAGAGAGCAUUAGCCUUUGAAUGGUCCAGCGAUGAGCUGGUAGUGACGUAAAGAAUCACACAAAAGAGAACAUGACGCCAAGAUGUAACAUUAGUAGUAUUUGUUAAUUAUUUAGCUCAUAAUUAACCGGAACCUUUUACGCGCAUCUUUCCACUGGAUGCGUGUCGCCAAAAAAGGUCAAGUCCUUAUGUGAUAAAAGCGCAUUGAGAAAGCGAUGACUUGUAACUUGACAGCAUGAAAACAUCAGUGCACGGAUAAAGGAAAGUUAUUGUACCUGCACUUGUUUGAUGAAGUUGCGUUUACGCACCGGAAAGCAUGCGCUCAACAAAUAUGAAGAUAUCCUAGGCCUGUCUUCUUUUUCUUUUCUGAAAGUAGUUUUUGCAUCAAAGAUGAAUGGCUUUCUGAGACAGUCUGCUAUGAAUAAGCACUUUUCAAUCUGGUAAGCUUUUUUCUGGAAAACAUGAUGUGGAUCCACCUGUGGUGAUUUUCUUGCUGUUUCCAUGCGUCUUUCUUCUUCUUCAGACCUCUGGACGUUGUUGUGGAUUGUGUUACUAUUUAAUGCAAUGGGCUGUAUCCAGAGUAUCAGGUGUAAGCCCAAGAGUUUCCGAGACAGUAUCAUCGUCGUGGAGGUGAACACUUCCAUCGACCCAAACCCUACCAGCAUCGACGAGUCAUCCAGCGUGGUCCUGCGCUACAGGACACCGCACUUCCGAGCUUAUGCCCGGGUCCUAGUGCCGCCAGUAGCCGGUAAAGAGACAUGGACCAUUGGCUGGAUUCAAGCCUGUAACCACAUGGAGUUCUACAAUACGUAUGGAAACAAGGGGAUGUCGAGUUGGGAGCUCCCCGACCUGCGUGAUGGCAAAAUCCAGGCCAUCAGCGACUCGGAUGGGGUGAACUACCCGUGGUACGGUAACACCACGGAGACCUGCACUGUGGUAGGCCCCACCAAGAAGGACACCAAGUUCACUGUUAGUAUGAAUGACAAUUUUUACCCCAGCGUGACCUGGGGCGUGCCCGUCAGCGACAGCAACGUGCCUCAGCUUAGCAGCAUCCGCCGCGACCAGAGCUUUACGACGUGGCUGGUGGCCAUCAACCAGGCCACCUCAGAGACACUUGUGCUGCAGACAAUCCGCUGGAGGAUGCGGCUUCACAUCCAAGUGGACCCAGAGAAGCCUCUGGGUCACAGGGCUGCUCUGACCGAGCCCGUGGCCCAGGAACAGCCCAAGAUCCUGGGCAAGAAUGAGCCCAUCUCCUCUAACGCCAUGGUCAAGCCCAACGCCAAUGACGCCCAGGUGCUGAUGUGGCGGCCAAAGAAUGGUGACCCCAUGGUGGUGAUCCCACCCAAAUACUGACCUGCUUCACUGACCAGACUGGCCUUGGAUACCUGAACCGUAUCAUCUCUUAUUUCUUCUCUUUCUUUUGUUCCUGUUCGUCACCAGCUCUCACUGCUUUAACCCUUUUCCCUUAUUUUCUUUGCCUCUAUAUUCUUCUCUCUUAUGUUUCAAAAGAGACUGACAGAGAGAAAAACGGGCAAACGAAACCACCUCUGAGAAGAAGACCAGCUGUUGCUCUGAGGUUGGGGGGGGGGGGGGGGGGGGCUUGAACACACUUUUGAAACUGGAGUGAACAAACUGCAACCAUUCUACCUUCAAACUGGGUCGGGUCGCACUGUGCUAAAUGAAAUCAUUGCAAAAAUGAAGAACAAAAUAAUUUCUUUUGUUUUUUCAUUUCAAUUUUUAUAUUUUGGCUGUUUUGGGCCAAGUGAUAUGGGGUUUGUGAGUGUGGGUGGAUUUUAAGUAUUUACAUGACCAUGUCUGCACACAUGCUACACGCAUGGAUAUGCACAAACCUUGUGUAUGAAUACCAGUUGUGUUUUUAUUUAUGGUUUGGGAAGAGUGCAUUUAAUUGUUUGUUGUUGCAUUGGGUGACAUACUAGAUUUUAGGACUUUUUUUAAAAAACAUGCAAGACAUUCAAUCCAUGCUGCCUUAAGUUUACAUUGCUUCCCAUUGCAAACUUUUUCGCCUUAAACACAGUGCAAUGCAGUAUUUUUGCUCAAUUGUCCAGUCUCUUCCAGACAUGUUGGUGCUGGAAUGUGUGGGUUUAGAACAGGGACGAUACCACAGAAGAAGACCCGGGUCUGAAGGCUUUUAUGUUCAGUUGCAUUUACAUGACAGAUGUAUUGUCUCACGAGUACAACCAGCAUUAUGCGUAGACACAGUUAUACAACCCGACUAACUAGUUGUGUUUCAAGUGCGUUAUGCAACAGAAGUGAUGCUCUGUACUGAUACCAGUGAAGCCAACCCUCGUCAAUAGCACUCAGCACAAUAAUGUGCAAUAACAACUUGAGCACAAAGUACUCAAAGGCACUCCUCAGCUAACCUCAUUUAAUUCACUUUAUUCUGUUUAUAGGCAUCGCUUUCAACAUCAGAACACUUAUUUUCCUUUCUCUGUAUCACUCCAUCUCAGGGCCCCUUUUCUCACUUCCUUCCCUUCUCUCGUAGCAUCCAUCCUGUCUGGCCACAGUGAGUAACUGUGUUUGCAUUGCUCACAUUGAACAAUCAAUACUUUGAUUAAUAAGCAGCCACAGACAGGAGAAAUAACUGGGGACUUGAUAACUGGAGAAUGAAAACAGCAGGAUACUUGCUGGGCUGUCAGUCUUGACAAUCUUAUACACAUUUUAUAUAUAAUUGUUGCCCUCCUUCAAAACAAUAACACCCCUUGUCUUUCUGUAAUAUUAAAACUCAAAACAUGUCUCUCAUGUUAACGGUGGUUUUGUCUCUCACCCUCAAUCAUCUGUAAUCCUCACCUACCCCAGAGUUCUUCCUCCCCCUGACUUCCCCUCUUCUUUCUUUGGUCUGUUGUCGAGGCUGAAGAGCAGAGCAGGAGGCAUGCAAGUUUGAUCCUGACUGCUCGGUUGGCAUAUAGAUGACCCACUUCUCUGCCCUGCCAGUUGUAGCUCUCGCUGCAGAAACGUGGAGGUUUCUCUCCCUUUAUUUCACACGCAUACAGAAAGAGCUCUGGUCAGCUAUAGACACCAACAUUAAAUGAGAUGAUGCCUGUUUGGCUGUUAAUCUCUGAAAAGUGCAUCAGCUGCAAACUCCAAACACUUAAAAGCAGAGAGAGAAGCCAAAAUAUGGGCAUAAAGUUAUUUAUGCACACAUAAGCUUUUAGAAUCUGUUAAUGAGCUCUGCAAGUUUUUUUUUUUCUAUUAAUGGCCAGUUUUUCACUUUCAGAUGUUACAAACAUCUUGCAAGCUCACUGCUCUGACCAAGUUCUGUGUUUUCUGUCAAACCAAAGAAAUAAUUUACGUGCAAGUCUCACCUGCUCAUGCAUUUCACAAAGAUCAGUAAGCUGCUGCUAUUUCAGUUCAUCAGCGUCUCCUUACUAGCAACUGUACAAAGCCUUUAUCCCUCAAACUCGGGACAGGUUUUGUGUUUUUUUUAGGACAUUAUGUCUCAUUAGGCAAGUACUAUGAUUUGGCCGAUAUUUCUACCAAGGAAUAAUUUGACAUUUUGGGGAAUAUGCUUAUUCAUUUUCUUGCAGAAACUUAGAGGAGAAGAUUGAUUCCACUCUCAUGUGUGUAAGCUAAAUACGAAACUACAGCCGGCAGUUAGCUUAGCUUAACGAGGCUGGAAAAAAGGGGAAUCAGUCGGUGUUUCAAUGCUUUAUGCUAAGCUAAGCGUGUCCUGGCUCUAGCUUCAUAUUUAACAUGCAAUAUUGAGAGCUUAGCUGAACCAGAGCUCAAACAUCAACUCCCGAUGUCCACUUGAUGCCACAAACUGAACUGCUUUGUUCACAUCAUAACUACAUUUUAAGCUUACACAUGGCUACAUGUAGACACUCCUGCUCGGCUCAACCGCGAUAGCCUUUGCUCCAGGCUGGGUCGCAGGGAGAAGGAGAAGAGAAGUAAGAGGCUGUUGGGGGAUUGCUGUCAUAAUUAGAUCUGCAGUGACACACUUGCAUGCCCUAGAUGGGCUGAACUGCACCGAGUCGGUGUCAUGCAACGCAAUGGCCGGAUAAAGUCAUGGUUGAGGUUUAAGUGAGGCCAAACAGCAAAGGUCAGGGUCAAAGUGUUUGGGUGAGGCGAGCUGUCAAAGUCCUAAAAUGUACUGCAGACAGUCGAGAGGCGGCGGGAUGAAUAUGAAGGGUGUCAACAAAUUAAAUCCAUUUAGAAAUUAUAGCCAGCCUAAAAUAACAGUGACAUUUACCAAGCCCAACUUGGAUGUCAAGCACAAGUUAUUUCAAUUGGUGGUUUGUUUUGAAUGCAGCAGAGAAAGCUCAUGUUAUAAACUCGGGGACCUCUCGCCUGACGUAGUAUUUGUAUCUGCUUCGUCAUGUCUUGCAAUGACCCAUGGACACCGUGGAUAGUACCUGAGCUGGACUACAUUUAAUGUUAUUAAACCUUGACACGCAGAUGUUUCCCGCCCUCACAACAUGCACGUGUGUGUGUGUAUUCAUGCGAGCGUGUGUGUGUGUGUGUGUUGAAUCCCAUUUGAGGGACUUAGGCAGGAUGAGGAGUUCCACUGAUGUGCUUCUGCUGUUGUUGAGUCAUGAUUCUCUCUCUCACACAAACACAGUGCAUGAAAGGUUACGUCCUUGUCAUAGAACAGGGACAGCGCUUGCCCGCUCACACGCUCACACGCUCACACACACACACACACACACACACACACACACACCCUGGGGGGAAAGGAGCAGGCCUGGUGUGGUAUCUGAUUGUCAUAGCAGUACAUUGGCAGUGAGAACUCAUUCAUCAGCCCUGCACGUGGACCGUCUGAACACAUGCACAUGCUACAAAGCCAUAUGCACAAACACACCUGUUUACUAAUAAUCAGGAAGUGAUUCAUGCUUUAAGGUGAAAGAGAGUGGGGUGCCUGUCAACUAUCAACAGCAUAUAUUGUAGGAUAAGGGCAUUAAUUGUCUUCUGUGUGUGUGUGUGUGUGUGUCUGAAUCUGUUAGGAUGUGUUAAUGAUGUGUAUUUUAUGUUAACACAACAGAAGAACUUCAUAAAUGCUUUAUGUGCUUCCUUAAAUAAGCCACAGAAAAACAAAACGGCACAUUGUUUGUUUGCUGUAUGGAGGGCCAAAGGUGCCACAAUUGGAUAACGCCAAAACUAUGCAGUAGGACAUUGCUAGUAACUCAUGAACUCUUGGCAUUCAAUACCAGGCCUGUUUUCAGUUGUUUCUGAUCAUUAAAUGCAUCACGCAUAUUUGUAUUUCCUGAGAAACAUUACAAAUGCAAAAUGUAGCCAUGUGGAAGAUUCUUUGUUGUGGUGUGUUCUGCUUGUAGGGCUGAGCCAAGUGGUUGAAAGGGAGGGCUGCUUCCUUUGCUUUUGAUCGUCAUGUAGUUAUUGAACUCCCCACGAAUCAUCAGUGAAUCAACAAACCCUUUUAUUUAAACCAAUAAGACAUCCCAAGUUCACAAUCGCCAGCCUUCAUUUUCUGACUUUGACUUGUGGUUCUAUCCCAUGAAAUUGGAAAGUUCAUCUUGUGGUUUUCCUUCAUAAACUAAAUCAACACAGUCCCCAUGGUUGAAACACAACCCCAGAUGUAGCACAGAAGAUAAAAUGAGCGACUAUGUAUGUUUCUCAUUUUUGUUUGGUUUGUUUUCCGCAUAUACAGCACUGAAAUAGUUAAAGCAGUUUGUGUACUUCUGUUCAGCUUUGACUUUUACACCAAUACUUGAAAAUGGGUCAGUUCUGGCAAAUAUUGAAAACUGUGAAAAUGCACAACACUGGGGAAACAAACCCAGAAAAAAAUUAAUAUAUAAAAAGGUCUUUUUCAUGAAUUAAUAAAAUGUACAAACAUUA